AUGGGCCAAUCCAAGAUCGGUAGCAUGCGUCGAAAUGCAUCCAUGAAAUCAGCCAAAGCGGAGAGCGAUUCCAACCUUGUAACAUGGGAAACCCGUACAGAUCCGGAGAACCCCAAGAAUUGGACGAAUAACCGCAAAUGGCUUGCCACGUUGACCGUGUCGCUCUUCACAUUCAUUUCACCCGUUUCAAGUUCCAUGAUCGCACCGGCCUUGCUCGACGUGCAGACAUCAUUAGGGGUCGAUGAUGCCGCCCUCGCUGGCCUGGCCAUGUCGGUUUUCAUCCUGGGUUUCGCCGUCGGUCCUUUAUUACUAGGCCCUCUCUCGGAAAUAUACGGACGGAGAGUGGUACUUCAAGCUAGCGGAAUGUUCUAUUUCAUUUUCAACCUCGCUGCCGGCUUUUCAACAAACAUCGGAAUGCUCAUCGCCUUUCGCUUCCUAUCCGGUCUCGGUGGAAGUGCACCCAUGGGAAUCGGCGGUGGUGUCUUGGCUGACAUCUGGCUUCCACAAGAACGUGGCCGAGCCAUGGCGCUUUACUCGCUCAUGCCCUUGCUCGGUCCGGCCGUAGGACCCAUCGCCGGUGGUUUCAUCGCACAAUACAGCAGCUGGAGGUGGGUCUUCUGGUCGACGUCGAUCGUCGCCAUCAUCGUGCAGGUCAUGGGCUACUUCCUCCUCCACGAGACCUACGCGGCGACGAUCCUCCAGAAGAAGAAGAACUAUCUGGUCAAGAAGACCGGCAACAAAGACCUCUACACCGAAUUCGAGAACCCCAAGAGGAGCAUGGCCAGCCACCUCGGCACCGCCUUCAAACGCCCCAUCAUCCUCCUCACCACCCAACCCAUCGUCCAGCUCAUGGCGCUCUACAUCGGCUACGUCUACGGCGUCCUCUACCUCGUCCUGGCCAGCUUCCCGGAGGUGUGGCGGGAGCAAUACAACGAGACCAACACGGGCAUCGCGGGCCUCAACUACAUCUCGCUGGGCAUCGGCUUCUACGCGGGCACGCAGAUCGCGGCCAACUUCGCCGACAAGAUCUACAAGAACCUGAGGGCGCAGAACUCGGACGUCGGCCGCAGCGAGUUCCGCGUGCCGCUGAUGCUGCCCGGCGCCGUCAUGGUCCCCGUCGGCCUGCUGCUCUACGGCUGGUCGGCCCAGAACAAACUGCACUGGAUCGUGCCCAACAUCGGCACCGCCAUCUUCGCCGCCGGCAACCAGCUCGUCUUCCAGAACUGCCAGACCUACAUCGUCGACUCGUACACGCGCUACGCCGCCUCGGCCAUCGCCGCGACCGCCGUCUUCCGCUCGCUGGGCGGCUUCGCCUUCCCGCUCUUCGCCCACCAGAUGUACUCCGUCCUGGGCUACGGCUGGGGCAAUUCGGUGCUGGCCUUCCUGGGCAUCGUCGUGGGCUUGCCGGUGCCCUUCAUCCUCUGGUGGUACGGCGAGGGUUUGAGGAAGAGGAGCACCUUCGCGGUGGGAUGA